AUCCUAUAUAUGUGUAUAUCUAUAUGUAUCUACAAGCAUAAAAAGGGAGAAACACCUUCUGCCUGCCUGCCUGCGCGUCUUUCUGCUUUCGUACUAAAAUCAAAUUUGCAAAAGAACCGAGAAUAUAUAUAUAUAUAUGUAUGUAUGUAUGUCUAUAAGAGCAAGAAACAAUAGUGGCAUGAAUCUAACAUAGCGUACAGUCUAUAUAUGGUGAUGAAUGAUGAUGAUGAGUGAGAAAGGACUGGAAAAGAAAGAGAGACCUGAAAGUGAUGGUACCGCACGAUACGAGGUCUCUUCCCUUCAAUGUCUUCAUAGGAUAGGAUCCUUCCUCAUUAGAACUUAGAAGCUUUGGCCUUUGGCGCUGGUUGGUUGUGUCUCCUCUUCCUGUCUCUGGUCAGCUGUGAAGGGAACCUUUUUUUCUUUUUCUCUUUUUUCUUUUUGAUGAUUAAUUAGCUAGCAGGAGUAGGAGAUCCAUAGAUCGAUAAAGCCAUAGCUAGCCACGUAAAUGUCAAUUUGGAAUAUGGUCCAAGCCAAAGCACCUCCUCAUUAAUAACCAAAAUCUAGCAGCAGCAGCAGCAAGCCUCCCUGCUGCUCGAGCUCCAGCUGGUUGCUAGGCUGGGCUGGCUGAAAAGUGACCAACCAAUUGCUGAGAACAUCAAAUAAUAUAUUAUUAUAUAAUACAGCCACAUCGAAAACAUAAUAGGGUACUUAGUGGGAUUUUGAUCCGUGACUCUAUGUCUAUACCUAUAUAUAUAUUUAUAUAUAUAUAUACACACACACACACAUAUUGUGAGCAUUGGUCUGCUAUUGCCAGAGACUGAUUGUACAAGCAAAGCAAAGCAAAGCAGUCACCAAACUCUCUCUUUAUCUCUCUCUGUAGUGUUUAAAUGAUAUAUUACUAAUGACUAUCAGAAAGAGAAGUCCCAUCCCAUACCCCUAGCCAUCUUUCAAGACAAUCCCUAGCCCAGUCCUACUCCUGGCCACACAUUACAGGCGGCAGUAGUAGUAGUAGUACCCUUGUCCUGACAGCAAGCACGUAAUUAACAAGCCAAGCCAGUAGUCACUGCAUUAAUUAAUAUAUACACACAAACACACACUUUAGAUUAACUAACAAUUUGCUUGGCUUCCAAAUUAAUUGAACCCCAUUCCUACGGAGUCAUGGCCGGCUCUUUCUCUCAUUUUUAUUAUUGUUAUUAUUACAUAUAUAUCUCCAUAUCCACUCAAACUUCUCCCUCUCCUCGCGUCUCCCUCUCUAUAUUCUACAUACAGAGAGAAGACCUGCAGAAACCAGGAGGACUGGACUACUUGAAAGGAAAAGCAUUUACUCAUAUGAUCAGGAAUAUAUUGAGAAAUAGGAAAGAAGAGAAGAUGGAUACUUGGGACCAACAUAUUGAGUUGACGGGCAAGAGGAACCGAUAUGCGCGUAAUGAUGGAGGAGGUAGCGGGGGAGAAUUAUCCCAGCAGCCUUCACCACUGCCCCUGCUAGCAUCCCGUCGUAUUACUGGUACUGCAGCUGCUAGCUCUCCCUCCCCAUGUCCAAAGCAGCAGGAGGAGGAGGAGCCAAAGCCAAUGCUAAUGCCGAUAGUCGUCAUGCCCAACAACAGCAGCAUCAGCAGGACCAGCUGCUUCCAAAUCCACAAUAAUGGAACUGGAAGAUCAUCAUCAGCCGUGAGGUACAGAGAGUGCCAGAAGAACCAUGCAGCAUCCAUCGGUGGCAAUGCCACAGAUGGAUGUGGUGAAUUCAUGCCCAGCGGAGAAGAAGGCAGCAACCUCGAUGCCCUCAAGUGCUCCGCUUGCAACUGCCACCGCAAUUUCCACCGAAAAGUGGAAGUCAAGUUAGAAUGCAGCCGAUCUCUAUCCCCAUGCCCCGACUAUGGCCCUUCUUCAUCCCUCCUCCAUAACAUUGAGAGUGGGAAAUCCAUUAUCAGCCUCCUGAAACUGCCUGCCACUGGGGCAGUACGAAGCCAUGGUUCGCCGCCCAUGCUGACUGCUGACAGCGAUAGGAGGGCCAGCUCCGUCCCUUUGGACUUGAUGGAUGAUGCUGAGAAGGUGAAGAAGAGGUUCAGGACAAAGUUCACACCUGAACAGAAGGAGAGGAUGCUGGCGUUUGCAGAUAAGGCUAAUUGGAAGAUACAGAAGCUUGACGACUCAGUGGUGCAGCAGUUCUGCCGAGAUAUUGGGAUCGAAAGACGGGUCCUCAAGGUUUGGAUGCACAACAACAAGCACACCUUUGCCAAGAAAACCUCAACCACCUGAAGUCGUACGUACCCAUUGCAACUGGCCGGCCUGCAGGUGGUCUUAAUGCUCUCCUUUUCUGCAUCCUCAGGUCAAUACUCCAAUGAGUUUCCCUUAUUCUGAUAGGUUUCACUAUUUGUAAACUGAGAAUUUUAUUGGCUCAUUGUACCGUUAGUCAGAGCUUAUGUACACAAUACACUGGAUUGACGCUUGCAAACUCAACACAAUUGACUGCGACUGGUUGUUUUCUA